UGGGGAUUUAGCUCAGUGGUAGAGCGUUUGCCUAGCAAGCACAAGGCCCUGGGUUCGGUCCCCAGCUCCAAAAAAAAGAAAAAAGAAAAAAGAAAAAAAAAUGAGCACCGACUGCUCUUCCAAAGGUCCAGCAACCACAUGGUGGCUCACAACCAUCUGUAAUGAGAUCUGAUGCUCUCUUCUGGUGUGUCUGAAGACAGCCUCAGUGUACUCAUAUACAUUAAAUAAAUACAAUAUUUAAAAACGAUAUCUUUCCAAACCUAUCACUGCCGCACAUAAAAUUAUUCCACGCAAUAAUUCACAUUCAGUUCAUACUCAAAAAUCCCCAGUUGUUUGCGACUGCUAUAGCUCAGAAAGCCCAGACAGAAAAAGCAUGCCUCAGUUUCCCCCUUCAUAAACUUGGGAUAAAAACAUUUCCCCCUUGAGAAGAUUAAAUGAAAGUCCGUUUUUGUGUAUGGCUUCUCGGACCGGCAGACGCUCAUUUAACGUUAGUGGUUUCUAUUACUAUUAUUAUCGCCCAUGAUGAUGUUAUUUUGAUUAUGAUUGCCAUUAUUCGAUAGUAAUUCCAGGACACCCUCCCUCUGCCUGGUAAGGGAUUCAGGGUUGGAUUCCCCCACCCCACUCCAUCUGGCUGUCUGUCACCCUGCCGAUUGUGACGUAGGCUGAUGCUAGGGAAAGGGGGCAUCUGGCCGGAAAUCCCUCUUCCUGUUGCAGAUAAGCCCAGAGUUGCCCAGCUGACCCCAGACCCUCCUCCCCCACCGCUUUUCAUGUCUCACCACCAAAUCCUCAAGACGGGGAACCUGUCCAAACCCCUCACCCCAUCCCCACUACCCCGUAAGCACCCCUUAGAUCUCAGUACCCCCAUCCCUGCCUUACCCUUGUUCCCCAAGUCCUUUUCCAAGCCCAAUUUGUCCCUGCAAAAGGACCGUUCCAGGGACCAAUGCGCAUCCCUAAAGCAGGGGGUGCAACUUGACCACGCCCCCAUCCCUGCAACUUGACCCAGGCUGCGACCCCCAGCUCUGACGUCUCGGAAAAUUCCCCCUCCCCUAUCAGGCCCCCCGGGAAGGGUGCAUGGUAUGAAAUGGGGCUGAGACCCCCCCUGGCAAGGAGAGAAGGAACCUGCCAGAGGUAAGCCACGAACUGGAUGCCUGAGUAUCUGAACUAGGAAGGACCUGGAUUUAAGUAUCUGAGAGAGGGAGAAGGGACUGGAAACCAAUAUUCCUUUUCCUGGGGAAGGAGGUUGCAGAAGUCUCCUCUGGGUUUGAGGGAAACAAGGGUUGUAAUCAGACUCCUGGGUCCCUAAAUCUCACCAACUUGUCCAUUACCCUUGGAAGUUUUCCUCUCUCAACCAGAACCGUCAGAACAAGCCUCCAUGGACCUGUGGAACUGGGAUGAAGCGUCAGUGCAGGAAGUACCUCCUGGAGACAAGCUGACAGGACUGGGUAAGCUGCUGUGGCUUGGGACAAAGUGGUUGCAAGCUUCCAAAGAUGCGGACCCCUUGACCCCUAAACCGGCCUUAACAUCCUUGUUGCCCGCAGAAGGAGCGGAAUUUGGUUUCUAUUUCCCUGAAGUGGCACUGCAAGGGGACACACCGAUCACACCGAUGAACGUAGAAAGCUGCUGGAAAGGGUUCCCAGAGCUGGACUGGAACCCCGCUUUACCUCACGAAGAAGUACCUUUCGAGGCCGAGCCCGUUGCUCACCCCCUUCCGUGGUCGCGAGACUGGACAGACCUGGGGUGCAACACCUCGGACCCGUGGAGCUGUGCUUCGCAGACGCCAGGCCCCGCCCCUCCGGGCACGAGCCCCUCCCCCUUCGUCGGCUUUGAAGGGGCGACCGGCCAGAAUACUGCCACCUCGGCAGGAGGGGUCCCCUCGUGGUCGCACCCUCCCGCCACCUGGAGCACCGCCAGCUGGGACUGUUCUGCGGGCCCCAAUGGAUCCACCUACUGGGACAGUGGCCUGGGCGGGGAAGCGCAGGCGGACUAUAAAAUGUCGUGGGGCGGGUCUGCGGGUUCGGACUACACCACCACGUGGAAUAGUGGGCUGCAAAACUGCAGCAUCCCUUUCGAGGGGCACCAGAUUCCAGCAUUCGCCACGCCAUCCAAAUCGAGCCAGCAGUCUGAUCGAGCCACAUUGACUCCCUACUCCAAAACUAACCACCGAGGUCCCAUUCAGUUGUGGCAGUUCCUCCUGGAGCUGCUCCACGACGGGGCGCGCAGCAGCUGCAUCCGCUGGACCGGCAAUAACCGCGAGUUCCAGCUGUGCGACCCCAAAGAGGUAGCCCGGCUGUGGGGCGAGCGCAAGAGGAAGCCGGGAAUGAAUUAUGAGAAGCUGAGCCGAGGUCUACGUUACUAUUACCGCCGCGACAUCGUGCUCAAGAGCGGUGGGCGCAAGUACACAUACCGCUUCGGGGGACGCGUGCCUGUCCUUGCCUGUCAGGAUGAUAUGGGACAUCUGCCGGGUGCAGAAGGCCAAUAAAAGAAAAAACAAAAAAACCACCCUGUCGAU